GUUGUUGUUGUUGUUGGAGACCGUGCGUCCCCGGCAGCGGUGGCCGCGCUGUGAGGCGCUGGAGGCGGCGGAGGUGAGCUGCGCGCUCCGCGGCGCAUGACCGCGGUAUGGAGAUGUUGCGCCGCUCCUCUGUGUUUGCCGCUGAAGUCUUCGACCGCUCGCCCACCGACAAGGAGCUGGUGUCCCAGGCCAAAGCUCUGUGCAGGGACUACAUCCAUUCCAGGCUGAACCGUGCCGGGAUAGGCUGGUCCAACCCGGAGCACGGGCUGUGUGCGUCAGGGGGGACAUUAGGGGAGAUAUCGUCGGUUCUGCUGUGGCUGGGUGACGAGUUGGAGUACCUUCGACCCAAUGUUUACCGCAACGUAGCGCGACAGUUGAACAUCACCGUGGCGUCAGAGGGUGUGGUGUCUGACGCCUUCCUGGCUGUGGCUGCAGACAUUUUCUCCACAGGUAUAACGUGGGGAAAGGUGGUGUCUCUGUACGCCGUGGCCGCGGCCUUGGCCGUGGACUGUGUCCGUCACGGUCACCCAGCCAUGGUCCACACCAUCGUCGACUGCAUGGGCGAGUUUGUCCGCAAGAGUCUCACCUCCUGGUUAAAAAGAAGAGGUGGCUGGGUGGACGUCACAAAGUGCGUGGUCAACACUGACCCCAGCUUCCACUCACACUGGCUGGUGACCGCUGCCUGUGCUUUUGGACACUAUGUGAAGGCCAUCGUGUUGUACCUGCUGAGAGAGAGGUGAACGACGGAGAGCAAAGCCACCGGCACUGCACGCCACCGCCGCCCUGAAGCAUCCACUGCUUUGGAUUAUGUUUACACUCAUUUGCACUGAGCCUUCAUUGAUGGACACAUAAUCCCCUAAACACAGACUCCCUUCGCUCCCUAUGCUCCCACGUGACUAUUUAUUAUUAUUAUAAUAUGAAUGUAUAAAAUCACUAAUAUUUUUAGCUUUUCAUUUUCCUCACAAACAGCGGGUUUUCGUGCCUGUUUGAGUAGCGGUUUGGCCUCCCCUAGUGGCGGAAAUGAUAACUGCUUUUAUUUUGGCACAUAAAUGGAUGAUUGGGUAGGGCUGCAACGAUUACUUGAUGAAUCAUCGUCAAUCGAUAAAAUUAGUUUGAAAUUUUUUCAAUAAUUAAAAAAACUCUGAUUUCUAAAAUAUAAAAAAGUAAUAUUAUUUGGUUCUUUACUUCAUAUUACAAGGACAAAAAACAAGACAUUUCAGGUUUGGUCAAUAUUUUUCAAGAAUUUCUAACAUUUUAUUGGCCAAACAGUUAAUGGAGAAAGUCAUCGUCAGAUUAAUCGAUAAUGAAAAUAAUUGCUAGUCGCAGCCCUAAUGUAGACAUUCAUGAAGCCUCUCGUGUCUCUGCUUUUCACCUGGACACAAGCUGUCGAAUGCAUGUUAGAUUUUUGAUUUUUUAAUCAUCACAAUAGCUAGCAUCUAGCAAUAGCGACAACGUCAGUUUUCAGAACUGUUUUUCCUUCAUUUAGUUCUGAAUUGAAUUGAAGAUUUCAAUUCAAUUCAAGAAGUUUCAAUCUUGUAUUAUAGUUAAUGUACAGACUCAUGUGUUAUCAGAAUAAUCAGUGAAUGGAAAAAACACAUUCGAACUGAGGUUCUAUUUGUGUAUAAAUGUUUUAAAGGGAUAGUUUGGGUGCUUUUAAAGGAAUACUUCAC